AUGAUUGACAGUAGAAAAAAGGAUGAUGCUCAGUGGGGUGGGGUGGAGUGGAACUCCGAAAUUAAUCCAGCACAACCCAACAGAACAGUUGAAGCUACCAUUCAAUUGAUCCAGUCUUCUUCCUUCACAUCGCACUCGCAGCUCAACCAACAAAAAUUUCAUGGCUAUACCUCGCCAAAUUUUCUAUCUCCUCCUCCUCCUCAUCUUCCUCUCUACCCCUUCUCUUUCACAUUCGCAGUGAUUCGAUUCUUUGAGAUCCGAUCCGACGACAGCCCCAUGAUCCCCUUCGACCAAUUCGGAUCCACACACAAAGGCCGUUUGGAACUCAACGUCUCUAAGAUCUCUCUCUCCAACCCUAGCCCCCGUGACCUCUCUAGAGUCAGCUUCUUCCUCUGCACCAGAGAUUCAUGGAUGCACGUGCUCGAACAAAUCGAGGACGCCGAGAUCACCUGCGCUCUCCAAUCCGACCUUAUCAAACAAGUCUACGGUUUUCAAUCUCUCACCGGCGGAAACAAAAGCUUCGAAAUGGCUUAUACGCAGACCGACGCCCAUCAGUACACUCUCGUCUUGGCUAAUUGCCUUCCACAACUGAAAGUCUCCAUGAACGUCCGAUCUGCCAUGUACAAUCUUGACAGCAUGUGCAAUAGUAGCGAUUACUCAUCCGCAGGCAAAACAAUACUGCCUAGGGACAGGUUGGUCGUUUUUGAAACCAUAUUUGCAGGAUUAAGAGAAAAAGGUUCUGAUGAUUGUGAUUCCCCUUCAGUUUUGUUUCCAAUUAUUUGGUCGAUUAGGAUUUUGCCUGAGGCUGCCAACACUGAUGGCAAAGAAGCAGUGAAUUUGAUGAAACUGACUACUCUGUUCAGGCGGGAGUUGGCCACACUUGCUUUCUAUGUGUUUACGGGUUAUAGGUUCAAGCCUGAGGCUCACAAUCCAUAUUUCACGAUUGAUGAUGAAGAGGAGGAAGCUACAGCUGAACAAAUGAAACUGGAAGACGAGUUUGAAUUGUAAUUUGUUUUUAACCAUUCAUGAAGUAGUGAUCUGGCCAGACUUCAAUCUGGGUUUUCCAGAUCAUUUUAAUUGGUAUCUUUCUAUUUCUCUGACUCU